AGCAAACAGGCAAAAUAGAAUAUAUUACAAUGGUGACUGCAGUAUUGUUUGUGAAUCAGGCAACGCCGACUACGAUUACACAAUUUCAUGACAUGAUAAUGAAUCAACUCCCGGAAACAUUACCACCGUGGGAAUUUGAACUUGGAAUAUUUUUGAAUAACAAGUAUUCAAAGCCAUUGAACUUGGAUUCAAAACAGAUCCCAAACAGGUACUUGUACACUCUACAGCUUUCGUAUUUGAACGACGAAGAAAGAGGUAAUAGAAUGAUCAGCAUCAUCAAUAAUAACAAAAGUGUUGUUACGAGUGUUCCUAACUCAACUCAUAUCAUCAAUAGAUUGGAAUCAUUUACAACCAAGGGCUUAAACUAUUACAGAGAGAAAGAUGAGAGUGUUAAUGACAAAGCAGAGUCAAUAGAAAAAGACUUUGUUGGUACCAAGCUGAAAGGGGAACAUGAGGUAAUAGAUCCUGAAGGUGAUAUUACUAUGAACGGCGAGAAAGAAACUGAAAUUGUUGACUUACAAAACGGAAGCAAAACUGGAAGCAAAACCGGAAGCGAUCUUGAAAUAGAGGAUGAUUUAAUCAUGAAUAGGUUUGAAGAAAAUUCUUUGGAUGAAAUGAGAAGACGGAAAAAACUACUCAAACAUAUCCAGAACGGUUGCUGUAACAAUCUCAGCGUUCAAACGAAUGAAAAUCUAGAGUUCAUGCUUGUCUCCAAACUUCAGAGUCUUUGGACGUUAAAACAAACAGUAAGGGGACAAGGUGGUGUAGGCUACAUUAUAAAUGUCGAACUUGAAGAAGGAAAUAGUGUGGGAGCAUCCCAAGAUGGCAAGAAAGCCAGAGCACAGGAGAAGUUUAGAUUAAGAACAAGCAAUUGCUUGUUACAUGGCACCUUUAAAGGGUUUUUGAUUGAAAUUGAGCAUUUAGAUCAAGAUAUGGAAAGAAUAGAGAUUGACAACGAACUGAAAAAUAUUAGUGAAACCGAGAGGAAGAAUAGACUGAUUUUAAGAUUUAGCAGGAGUAUAAGUAUGAUAAAAUCAUUAAUUGAAACCUAUAAGUUUCCCAACGGUAACUUAUGCUUCAAUGUUUUAAGUGAAUCUAAACUCGACUAUCUAAGUGAUUUAUGCCAGCAAUACUGUGACGCCUUGCAAUUCUAAAUCAGAGACUGAGAAGAAAGCUAAAGCACUACUCUAUAUAAUGUAUCAUAAGUUCGUAUAAAAUGUAUAAAAUAAGUUUUAAAUACAGAGUAUUUUUAGGAAUUAAAGCAUGAAAGAAGC